AUGAGCGCGCAACUGUCGCGCGUGCUGCGGCGCGUCGGCGUCGGCCAGCUCACGGCGACGUCCGACCACGCGUCGAACCUCGCGGCGGCGUCGCAGCUGUGCCGGCAAGCCAAGAGCGCCGGCGCCUGCCUGCUCUGCCUGCCCGAGGCCUUCUCCUUCAUCGGCGCGGCGGCCGCCGAGACCGUCGCCCAGGCGGAGCCGCUCGACGGCCCGCGGCUCGGAGCGUACCGCGCGCUCGCGCGCGAGCACGGCCUCUGGCUGAGUCUCGGGGGCUUCCACGAGGCCGGCGCGCCCGGCGGCCGCGUCUUCAACACGCACGUCGUGCUCGACGCCGCCGGCGCGACGCGCGCCGAGUACCGCAAGAUCCACCUCUUCGACGUCGACGUGCCCGACGGGCCAGUGUUGAUGGAGUCGCGGUCGACGGCGCCGGGCGCCGCGGCGUGCGUCGUCGUCGACGCGAGCGACGAGCUGGGCUUCACCUUCGGCCUCACGACCUGCUACGACCUGCGCUUCCCGGAGCUCUACGUCGCGCUCGCGCGGUCGAGCGGCUGCCACGCGAUCCUCGCGCCGAGCGCGUUCACGCGGCCGACGGGCGCCGCGCACUGGCACCUGCUGCUCCGCGCGCGCGCCGUCGAGAGCCAGGCCUACGUCCUCGCCGCGGCGCAGAGCGGGACGCACAACGAGAAGCGCGCGUCCUACGGCGCGCGGCCCGCGUCGUUCGCCGUCGCAGGCCACGCGCUGGCCGUCGACCCCUGGGGCGAGGUCGUCGGCGACUGCGGGCCCGACGCGUCGCCCGCGCUCGUCACCGUCGACAUCGACCUCGACAAGAUCGCCAAGAUCCGCGCGAAGAUGCCCAUCCAGGCCCACCGCCGCGGCGACGUCCUCGGGCUCCUCCAGGCCGACGCCGCGUGA